CCAUUUAAGGAAAGAGAGAUUUGGAGACAGCCACAACAAAGUCGGCAGCAAAUCCAAAAAUAUUUUGCCGUUUGGGGUGAUAAAUUUUGCGGUCAGAUCACCAGUUUCGUGUUAAGUGAUCACAAGUCCUUGCGUGCGCCUGCAAACUUUCGGGGUGUGUACAAAGCCGUCAAACUUUACUGUAAGAGAUGGUGGAUUUUUUUUUGUGCGAUGCUCAAGGGUGACCUUGUAAUUCUUGAUUGCACGAUUGUGAAUAAGAAUCAGUAGUUUGUUGCCUCAAUUGACCUUUAUUCUCUUGUGAGUUUUGGUCAACCACAAGGAGGAAUUGUUUUACUACCCUGGCAUUCUUGCAUUCCUAAGUUUGAGCUGUGAGUUUAGUCAUGGAGAGCGAUCUGCAAGCUAGGGAUCGCAUUGGAGUGCAAGAUUUCGUUCUUCUUGAGGACUUUAAAAGCGAAGAUGCCUUCCUAGAAAACUUGAGGAAACGCUACAACUCUGGCUUGAUUUAUACCUACAUUGGGACCGUGGUUGUUUCCGUAAACCCCUACAAGACUCUUCCAAUUUACAAUCAAGAUGUUAUCGAAAAGUACCGAGGGGAAAAUCUUUACGAACUCCCACCUCACGUCUAUGCCAUAUCAGAUUCUGCUUACCGUUCUAUGAAAGAAGAAAGAGUUGAUCAAUGUGUUUUGAUUUCUGGGGAGAGUGGAUCUGGAAAGACAGAGGCAUCCAAAAAGAUCCUGGAGUAUUUAGCGGCAAUAAGCACUCACUCUGAUGAUGUGGAGCGAAUCAAAGAUAGGCUCCUUGAGAGCAACCCUGUUUUGGAGGCUUUUGGCAAUGCAAGGACCAACCGUAAUGACAACUCAAGUCGAUUUGGCAAGUACAUGGAUAUUCAAUUUGAUUUCAAGGGCUCUCCAGUUGGUGGACAUAUCAUAAACUACUUGUUGGAAAAAUCCAGAGUUGUCCACCAAGCAAAAGGUGAAAGGAAUUUCCACAUCUUUUACCAAUUAUUGCAAGGUGGUGGUGACCAGUUGCUCGAGAACCUUGAACUAGAACAGGAAAGUUCACAAUAUUUUUAUCUCAACCAGGGUGGUGACACUCAUGUUAAAACGCUAAAUGAUGCCGCAGACUUCAACCAUGUAAAGAAGGCUUUGUCCGUUAUUGAAUUUUCUGCAGAAGAGCAGGAUGCAUUGUUUGCUAUCAUUGCCUCAGUCCUCCACCUUGGCACUGUUGGGUUUCUGGAACCAGAAGUUGAACAUGGGGAAGUUAAACUUGAGAAUGGGAGGCCAGUCAACAUUAUUUCAAAGCUUUUAGGCUGCCCAGAAGAGGUCCUAGAGAGAGCACUCACCAGCCGAACGCUUGAGACUAAAGGAGAUAAGGUUCGAACACCACUGACCAGUGAGCAAGCAAUCUAUGCACGUGAUGCAUUGGCAAAGGCUGUGUAUGACAGAAUGUUUACCUGGCUUGUUGGCCGAAUCAAUACUUCUCUUAAGAACAAGUCUUAUCGAGGAAAGAAGACACUCAUGGGUCUUCUGGAUAUCUAUGGCUUUGAGAUUUUUGAGUCAAACAGCUUUGAACAGUUUUGUAUUAAUUAUUGUAAUGAGAAGCUACAGCAGCUUUUUAUUGAGCUGACAUUAAAUGAGGAACAAGAAGAAUACAGAAAAGAAGGAAUUAAGUGGGAAAAGGUGGAAUUCUUUGACAAUAAGAUUAUCUGUGAUCUUAUAGAAGCCAGACAUCAAGGUGUCAUUGCAUUGCUGCCAUGCAACCUCAGGGUAUAAUGAGAGGAAAACUAUUCAAAGAGAGGAAUUUAGACUGAAGCACUAUGCGGGAGAUGUCACAUAUUGUGUCAAUGGUUUCAUGGACAAGAACAAUGAUCUUCUGUUUCGAGAUUUGAAGGAAGCAAUGUGCAGCAGUACAAACUGUAUCACAUCAGAAGUGUUCCCUAAGAAAGAAAUGGAGUCACUUAAAAGACCAGAAACAGCAGGAACUCAGUUCAAGACAAGUUUAAACAAUCUGAUGACAAUCUUGAUGAGCAAACAGCCAUCAUAUGUCAGAUGCAUCAAGCCAAAUGACUCAAAGAAAGCAGAUAUCUUUCAAGAUGAUCUUGUGCGACACCAGGUAAAAUACCUUGGUCUGAUGGAGAACUUAAGAGUGAGGAGGGCAGGGUUUGCUUACCGCAGACCUUUUCCAUUCUUUUUACAAAGAUACAAAUGUCUUUGCCCAGAUACAUGGCCAGUGUGGUAUGAUGAUCCAGGUGAGGGGGUGAAGAAAAUCUGCGAGCAUCUAAACUAUAAACCUGAUGAAUACAGGAUUGGCAAGUCAAAGAUUUUUAUCAGAUUUCCCCAAACGUUGUUUUCCACAGAGGAUGCUUUUCAAGCUAAGAAACCUGCCCUUGCGACAAUCAUCCAAGCUCAAUUCAAGGGCUACUACCAGAGACAAAAAUAUGUCAGGUUACAGUUGGCGGUUAUUGUCAUUGCAAAACACUGGAGACAAGUUCGUGCUCAAAGGCUGCUUGAACAACGAAGAAAAGCUGCCAAUCGGAUACGCAAGUUCAUAAAGGGUUUGAUAACAAGAAACCAGCCUGCAAGUGAAGAAAAUACAGAUUUUAUUGCCUAUGUAAGGAAGUCAUACCUCCUACUGCUGACAAAGCAUUUACCCAGAAGCGUCCUGGACAAGAGCUGGCCAAAGCCUCCUGGAUCAAUGGUGGAGGUUUCAGAACAACUUCAUAGAAUGCACACUCUUCACUUAGUAAGGAAGUAUGUUAAAGGCAUCACACCAGAGAGGAAAGCCCAGCUUGACAUGAAGGUGACAGCCAGCGAAGUGUUCAAAGGAAAGAAGGCCAGUUAUGAAGAGAGCAUACCACUACCUUUUGAGCCACACAGACUAAGUGUUGCUUUGGAAAUGGUGAAGAAGACUGUUGUAACAGACAAACAGAUUAUUCCAUCAUCAGAAACCAUUAGGUACUGCACUGGAGUUCACAAGUAUGACAGAAAUGGGUACAAACUGAGGACACGGGUACUAAUCCUUACAGAACAGGCAAUUUACAUUCUGGAUGACAAGACUUACAAGCUGAAGCAUAGAAUUACCAACAGCAGUUUGACAGGUAUUUCAGUCAGUUCUAAAACGGAUGAAGUUCUUGUUCUUCACUUGCCAAUUGAAGACAAAGGGGACAAGGGCGAUCUUAUUCUGACAAGCACUCAUGUCAUUGAAACGGUCGUUUAUAUCCUAAAUGCUCUGAACAACAAUCAGCUUCUCAAAAUCGAGACAGGAGAGAUAAAACACAACAUGGCCAAAGAUAAAACAGGAACUAUUUCAUUUUAUGAUGGCUCUGAGUUGUUGAUUAAAAAGGGACAGACUGGUGACUUGGAGGUGACUGCCCCAGUUCCUAAAACUGUGAAGUAGCCCAGAUUAAAGAAAAGUGGUGGUUAGACAAUGAUGAAGAAUCCAUGAGUUAUUAUGAAAUAUUGCUAUAUCUUAUCAAUCUAUUUAAUGACCCUUCUGGACUGAAAAUGCUUCUUAGAAAAUAUUAUUAAAUGACAAUCAAUAACAAAUGUUUUUCUACCAGUCAAAUUACUUGUGCAUGGAAAUCAGUGUGCAUGUACCCUAUAACAUAAUGUCUAAUGUACCUGUCAUGAAACGUAGACAUAAUCUAGUAUGAUACAGUAAAAAUACACACACGGUGAAGCACCCUUCACACAAGAACCAUUCUAGGCUAAAAUCUCAAUACAGGUUAUACUUUCAGAAUAUAGACUGAUAUCAAAUCUAAGGUAGAUCACAUGUGAUAUAAAAAGGGUAACACUGACAGUGUUGUAGGACCACAGAACUGCACUGUCAAUACAUCCAUAACAGUUACUGUGAAACAUACCCAACUGUAUGUAUAAGUUGACCAUGUAAAGCAGGGCACUUUAAGGCUGGUAUAGAGUACAGUUUCACCACACCCAUAAAUACACAGAGAUUAUUCCAUGGAAAGUUUGCAUGAAUUAUUUUUAUUCCCAAGUUGUGAUGUAUCAAAAACACGAUCAAGUGAGUGCAGUGAACAACUGAGUCUUUUGAUGCAUUGCAACUAGUGAAUAAAAAUCAUUGAAGCAGUUUUCAUGGUAUGUCUGAAAUAUACCUAUUUUUUUUUUUUUGAAAGAGAAAUUAAGAACCUGAUUAUAAUAACCUAGUUAUCCUAAUUUCACAGUAAAACACCAUUUAUAUUAGAAACUAUGGAGACUAACUUGAGAGAACCCAAGGUUCUUACUGUACCUGACUGUUAAAAAUAAUUAUUGUUUAUGAUGAUAUACAGAAUAUCGUUUCUUUUGGAUCAGAUUAAUUGAAUUAUUCAGAUUUCUCUGAAUUGAAGGGUUGCAGUGAGAGGUAGAAAUUUAUUGUGAUUUAGUAACCAUGAUGGAAUUUUUCAUUCAUUAGCAGUGAUGUUGGUGAUAGUAAAAUAAGAUAAAAAGAUGAAUUACUGAUUUUUCAGGACACAAGUGCUAUCCAUAUUUUUGUCUGCCUGUUCACCUAAUUUCAAAGAUUUUAAACAUUAGCCCUUAGUGAUCAAACAUUAUGAAAGGGUUUGAUAGCCAGCAGUACUUCAGCUACUCGUCUUAUUAAGAUGUUCUCCAUUGCUUCAUUUUCUCCAAAGGGCAGAGGUUGUAUUUUACAGCUGGUAAAAGAUAUAGGAAUCUCUCCACAACCUUGGGAAUUAAAUGAAAAAUUACUCAGGUCUAUCAAAUACUGACUUUGAGUGCUUAAUUUUCAAAUGUAGUUGUAACGAAAUAUUCUAAUAAUAAAGAAAUAAUUUAGGAAUAAACUAAUUUUUUACCAGAAA